AUGGACAAAUCGGAGAUUGAAAGCCUGGCUGGUAAGGUCCAGCAAGCAGUUGCAUCCUACGAUCCCAGUGACUCCUCCAGCUGGAUUCCGAUUCAGGAUGCCAUCGAAGAAUUGCGGCGGGCCACGGAACCCCCGCAUGUGUUUCUCAUGAAGCAGCGGUUUCACAUAGUGCAGAACAUCUAUCUCGUCGCUGCGGUGGAUAUGGGGCUAUUCAAAAUUCUCUCCGCCAGGGCGGGUGAGAGCGUGACGGCAUCCGACCUCGCCGGAGCGUCUGGUUACGACAAAGCCCUAACCGGUACCUGCAUUGCCCCUCGCACCUUGAAGCACACCUCACAGCUAAAAACAUCGAGCACGAAUGUAGCCCGAAUUAUGCGCAUGAUAAUCGUACUGGGACUGGCCACCGAGACUGGCUAUCAGAGCUACCGCACCAACGCGCGAACCAUCUACCCGGACUGGAAACAAGCCUUCAACAAUAACAAGACCCCCCGGAACAAAAGCUUCUCGGUACCGUGGCACAGCAAAUAUCCGGAGCGGGAUCGCCUCCCUCCCCCGUUUCCCACCAAGCCAGAGCAACUCCUGAAGCCAUUCACCAUUGUCGACAUUGGCGGCUCUCAGGGAGUGGACCUGCAGCGGUUCGCAACGGCAUUUCCCGAGGUGCCCUGUGAGAUGAUACUCCAGGAUUUCCGGGAGACGGUGAACGGGAUCCCUUCGGGGCUCGACUCGAGAAUUCGACCGAUGGUAUAUGAUUUCUUUACACCACAGCCGGUGGAGGGAGCGGACCUUUACUACCCCAAAUUGAUCCUGCACGACUGGAACGACGAAGCAGCCCGGAAGAUCCUAUCGAACACGGCGCAGGUGAUGGGCCCACACUCGCGGCUGCUGAUCAAUGAGAUGGUGCUCGCAGAUACUGGUGAGACGCUGGCGUGGGCGGAUAUGGACAUGCUGAUGUGGCUGCUCUGUAACGGGAUGGAGCGGACAAGGCAACAAUGGGAAGAAUUGCUGGGCCGUGUCGCCGCCUGCAAGUUGUGGCGAUAUGGCUGGACGAAGGAGCAGAUCCGCAGUGCAUCAUUGAGACUUGUUUGCCCGGAUUCGUGGCUCGAGGCUCAGGGAACAAGCUGCAGGAGGUAUCAGGUUUGUCCUGUUCUAUAG